AUGCAGUUAUUUGACAGUGGCCUCAACUAUGGCAAAACUAUUUACCAAGGACCUCCUUCCCAGAAGAGCAAUGAUGCAUGGACGGCUCUGUUUAUCCACGGGUUGACUCGAAUCAGUGCAGCCGAAGCCGCGCCGAUGCAUAACAAAACACUUCCUAUUCCCGAUGAUCCCGAGAACUAUAUCACGUCGCUAGCGAACGCCAUUCGUAUGUCCCUCUGGAAUGCCUCUCUUAUGCGUGGUGACGAAGACGAAACUAGUAUGCGCCACCUCGACCACUGCGUUGAUAUGAUUCGGCAAGCAAUCAUGUGUCACUCGGACAUCUCUCCAUUUGUAUGGGCGCGCGAUCCACGCGAUGGAAAAGCCAAGGGCAUUUCGAGUGUCACGCACACCUGCCGCGACUUCGAUGCUAUCCAACAGUGGGCAGCAGAUCGCCCAUUCAAAACAGGAUUCAACACUAGCAAGGUCAUUACGGGCGACCCGCUAGGAUGGGCUGAUUAUCACGUGGUACUGGACUAUGGAGAAGUAACGGACUGGGGAAAGCAGGAGCCAGAUUACAAGGCUUGGGCAGCGGGGAAGAAAAAGGAGAUGCUUGAAUCAGGCCAAAUUCUCUAUGAGGAUGAUGACCUUUAG